AUGACCAACUCUCCCGUGCCAGUCUCUCCGCUCCAGCUCCCAUCCUCAUUCAACUUCGCAACGGAUGUUGUCGACUACUGGGCACGGCGGGAUCCGACUCAAGUUGCACUCUACUGGACGAAUCAGUCACUGAGCGAAUCCAAACAAUUGACCUACCUAAACUUCUCGCGACAAUCGCACAGGAUCUCGCACCUCCUGGCAUCUCUGGGAAUCAAGCAGGGCGAGACAUGCAUCCUGAUCUCAUCUCGGAUCCCAGCUUGGUGGGAGGUCGCGACGGCAUGCCUCCGCUCCGGCGUCAUCGUGUGCCCUUGCACGACUCUGCUCGUGGACAAGGACAUUGAAUCUCGGCUGCAGGUUUCUCAGGCCGCGGCGUUCGUUGGCGACGAGGCGUCCGUCGCAAAGUGCCUGAAGGUGCGCCAGAGAUGUCCGAAGCUAAGGAGCAUCAUCCAGAUAGAAGGCAAGGUCGAAGCCAAGGACGUGGUGGACUUCCACGCGUCUCUGGCCCGUAUCCCUCAGGACGCAGACUUCCCUGUGCCCGGGUCAUUGACCCCGAUAUCGCCUGCUUUGACCUUCUUCACCUCUGGAACCACUGGCCCUCCCAAGGUUGUCCUCCACACGCAGACCUCCUAUCCACUAGCGCACGCCCUCACGGGUAUCCACUGGUUGCAACUUUCACCUGGGCAGAUCUACUGGAACCUGUCGGAGCAAGGGUGGGCGAAGGCGGCCUGGUCAUUCUUCAGUUCAUGGAACUGCGGUGCGACGCUGUUCAUCCACGACGACAGGCAGCCAUUCAGCGCCAAGCGCACACUGCAAGUGUUGAACCAAUUCCCCAUCACGACCCUCUGCGCACCACCGACAGUGUAUCGACAACUAGUGCUGGACGAAACCCGGGCCUUCUUCGAAACACCCCAAGGCAGGCCCAGAGCUCUCCGCCACUGCUGCGGUGCCGGUGAGCCGCUGAAUGAGAGCGUCAUCCGCACCUGGAAGGACAUGACCGGCGGGAUCGACAUCUUCGACGCCUACGGCCAGACCGAGACGACCGUCAUCUGCGCAAAUCAGAAGGCCAACCCCGUCAAGCCCGGGAGCAUGGGCAAGCCGAUCCCCGGCGUCCCACUAACGAUCAUCGAUGCCGAUGGAAAUGUCACCGACAACGGCGUCGAAGGCGACAUCGCGAUCGCCAUAUCAAGAGAUGCGAGCACCCUGAAAAGAAAAGACGCCUUCUUCGGCAUCUUCGAAGGCUACAUCGACCGCGCAACAGGUCAGAUCGACAAUAAAAUCAAGACGUUCGCCAACGGCAAUCGGUUCUUCAUCACGGGAGACCGCGCCAGCAGGGAUUCCGACGGCUAUUUCUGGUUCGUGGGGCGGAGCGACGAUGUCAUCAACUCCAGUGGUUAUCGGAUCGGCCCCUUCGAAGUCGAGUCGACGCUCAAACUCCACCCGGCCGUCGUCGAGUCCGCGGUCGUCGCGUCCCCCGACCCAGCACGCGACGAAGUUGUCAAGGCGUUUAUCGUGCUGACCGACUCGGCCUUCUCCAAGAUCCGGUCGUCGCCACCGUCAACGCAAGAAACCGAAUUGAUCAAAGAACUGCAGGGCUUCUGCAAGGAGAACGCAGCGCCGUAUAAGUACCCGCGGAAGAUUGAGUUUGUGGAUGCGAAGUUCCUGCCGAAGACGAUCAGUGGGAAGAUCAAGAGGGCCGAGUUGAAGGCGCUGGAGAAGAGGAGGUAUGAGGAGGGAAAGAGGGCGAAGCUGUGA